CGCAAAGCGCACAUUCAACCCACACCUGCUGGCGCCCGGGCCGGCCGGGCCCUGUGGGCAGCGGGGACGCAGUCCCCGAGCCUAAGUGCUAAGGGACGGGCAGGGCCCAGAGGGGUGAACGGUGUUCCUGGGCUCGGGGAGGGACGGCAGCAUUUGAGUGGGGCUGGUAAGGAGAAGUGGGGUAUGGGCCGGCCAGGAACAGGGUGGCAGGAAAUGGAGCUGCAGGGGUCCUGGGACCGUCGGGUCCCGGGGGGCGGAGGCUGCACGGCUGGUUGCUGGUCACCCCUUCCCACGCUUCGACCCUUGGGCCCUUGGAGCCUCGUGGCCACCGUCACCUGGGGCAUAAGUGGAGGCCGCGGGGGCGCAGGGCCCGGUGAAGGCCGCGGGGGCCGCCGCUGCCCCUGCCCGUCUCUGCCUCCCCCCGGCUCGCUCGUGGACAAUCACACGUGAGAAAAGACAAGUCAGUUGUGGGCCACUAUGAAGCAGGCAAGCCGUCCCUUGGCCUCGCCGCCUGCCGUGGUGACCGGGGGCCCGUGGGUCCCAAUGGGUGGCCUGUCCCCACGCCGUGCAUGUGCGUGUGUGUGAGCGACUGUGUGCAGCGCGUGCUCGGGGAUCGGGUCGCCAGCAAGUCGCAGCCCCCUUCGUGAGAAGCCAUCGGGCCUGGGGGGCUGCUGCGCUGCUGUGCUGCUGUGCCGAGAGGUCGCCCCCACGGGUGCCCUGGGAUGGGGGAUCGAGGCUUCACCCGGGGUGGUCAGCAGCCCUCGAGGCUCUGUGGGUGAGCGGAUCGGGGGACCCGCCGGAGUCGCCCUGGGGUCCCCGUCCCAUCUCGGAGGGGGUGAGCUCAUCCGGUCCAAUGCCGCUCCCCUGCUGCCCUUCCACCCGGUGGUGUGGCCGCCCUGGCCCGUCCCGGCCAGCGCCCAGGCCAGGCUCUCGCCCGAGCCUCCGCUCGCAGACUGUGCCCGGGGGACGCCCGCGUGUCAGCUGCAGCAUCUGGAGGCCCAUGUCCGCGUGUCAGCUGCAGCACCCGCACAUCUCCACUGGGCGGGCGGCCGGGAGUCCCCCGAUGGGGCGUUGGGGGUCGGUGCAGGGCUGGCCUGCGGGGCAGCAGGCGGUUGUGCCUGGGUCGUAGCUGAGCAGCCACAAUGCCCUGCUCCCGCCCGGCUGCUGGGUGCUAAGCCUCGGCCCCGAAGCCGCUGCUCCUCCUGCUCCGCAGCCUCUGUGAGCUUCACGUCUCCCUCCUUUUUGGUCAUUGGGCCUGACUGGCUCCUGGGCCAGCGGGGGCAGUGGCCGCAGACUCCCCAUCGCCACUCUCAUCCCCCUCCUCCCAUCCUCCCUUCCUCCCACCUCCUCCCCCUCUUCCCCCUCCUCCCCCUCCUCAUUUUGGGAAAAGCCUCUCCCCCUCCCGCCCCACAGUCCUUCCUUCUCUCUCCCGGCCCGUCCCCUGCUUCUCUGACAGAAGCCCAGGGGACCUGUUGAAUCCGGAGCCUGCCCCUGUCACAAUGACCAAAAGCAACAACAGACCAAAAAGAAAGAGCCAAGGCUCCCCUGUUCCGAGGGUUAGGGGGACUCCACGCAGAAUCGGCACCAGGGGGAGGACCUUUGCGGGACAGAGAAGGGGGUCGGCCGCGCCGUCUGCUCCCCGGGUCCGAGCCGUCCUGCGCCCAUGCCUGGGCCAGACCCCUGGGCCCAAGCCCCCCCAACCCCCGGGCCACCCCUCUUGCUCUCCUUCCUGUUCUCGCCCCUAAUGGCCGGUGCCCCCAACUGCAGGGUCCUUGCUUACGCAAUCGUCUCUUGGCCACCGGCCCUGACCCCCGACCCCCCUCGGCUGGGCUCUGGCCUCACGCAUGUCCAGCAGACCCCGCCGACCGCCAUCCUUCGCGCGGGAGCAGCCUCCUGCGGGGCGGAUGCUUCUGGCCCCUCAGUGACAAGGACACACAGACUUCUGUGGCUCGCGCCCCAGCUUUCCUUGCUAUCGUUGUUCUUAGUUUGGAUAAAUGACGCAUUCACGUGGUUUAAGAUUCCAAGGCAACAAGGGUGCACACAGAAAAGCCCGUGUGCGCCACCUUCCAGCCACCAGGACUCGCCCCGGGGGGACCCAGGAGGGACCCCUGACCCCUACGUCCGCUCACGAAGUGUUCGGUACAAGGGCAAGCAAACGCAUGUGUCCUGUCCUUUCUCCUCCCCGUUAUUCUUCAUACACCCGGGGCUUCCCACACAUGUUCAUUGGCGCCGUGUUUUUCUCACGUAGAGAUAGAGCUACGGCUUGGGGAGGAUUUCCAGUGAAUGCACAUUACGUGACCUACGUAAAGAAGCCUCGGUGGAUGGGCGUGGAGCUGCCUUCCAGUUCUGUGCUGCUCCGGGCGGCCCUGCCCUCGAAACCUGUGCCCGUCCUGGGCUCGUCCCGGCUCACUCUCUCGCCGGCCAUGAAGAGGCUCCGCUUCCUACAGGGCGCUCCACGUGUGUUCCUAGGAAUCCUCUGGGCCGCCUGCAAGUUGGGUGGGACGGAGAGGCCCUCGGGGUCCCCGGGAGCGGGGUGCUGGGUCCCGGGUACCGUGGGCGAGGGAGCGUCACUCCGUGGCCCGAGGAGGCUUCGUGAAGGUGGGGCUGGUACCGAAGCAGGAGCUCGCCGGGCAGGGGGAAAGGCCUGUGUGGCCCUGUCUUCCUGGCAUUUUACUCCUAAGAGGUGUUCAGGGACACCUGAGGGCGCGCUCUGCAGCGUCAGCCCUGAGAGCGGAGACCGGAGGGCCAUGCGAGGGUCGGGUCCACGCGGACGAGUGCUGCGGAGAAGCAGAGUGGCCGUCACGCUCGCCGCCAGACGGGGCCCUGGUACCAGCAGCCGGCAGCGACUGCCUGUCACGCGCGUCGGUGAGGCCCGUUGAUCCCAUACGCCGACCCCUGCGUGGGGCGCUGUCGUCUCCCACUUACAGGUGAGAACACGGAGGCUCCGCGGAGACGAGAAGCCUGGCACAGGCGCACGACAAGGGAGCGGCAGGGGUGCGCGAGGGCCCGUGGCUCCAGAGUGUCCCCCUGACCUGCCGGGGACCCCGCUGACCCCACAGCCCCGCAGGUGUCGCUGGGAGGAAGUGGUUACGGCUGCUCGCACGUGAGGCUGAGGAAGUUGUAUGAUCCUUUUUUGGAGGAAAUAUAGAAAAUCUAUCACGGCAGGGAAAAACAUGUGCUAAAUAAUAUAACGGGGGGGAAGCUGCACAUGUGAUGGUUUAUCUAUUUAUUAUUAUCAUUAUUAAACAAUAUUUUAUUUAUUUAUUCAUGAGAAACACACACGCACAGAGACAGAGAGAGGGAGGCAGAGACACAGGCAGAGGGAGAAGCAGGCUCCAUGCAGGGAGCCCAACGCAGGACUCGAUCCCGGGACCCUGGGGUCACGCCCUGGGCUGAAGGCGGCGCUAACCGCUGAGCCCCCGCUGCCCACGUGCUGGUUUAGAUGUGGUGACCGCAGCCGUGCAAAAAUAGAAACGGCUGUGGGUGUGUUGACUUUUCUAUCCAGAAAAUUGUAGGACGUCCCGGGUUUGCUUCUGGUUGUUGUCAGUCCUAUAUGGGUUGCUGUGUUCUGACUUCAGGAAAGUUGGGGAAAUAUGGCUACUUUAUUAAAAUUAAAGACUAUAUAUAUAUAUAUUUAAAGAUGUUAUUUAUUUAUUCAUGAGACACACACAGAGAGAGAGAGAGAGAGGC